UUAAGAUAAUAUGGCGAAAAAUGUUGUUCUCUUCUUUACUCUCAUUGUGCUUGGUUCUAGCAUUGCUCAACAAACUCCUCAAUGCCAAGAGAUGAUAAGGGAGGAAAUGGUUAGAGAUCUCACGCCAUGUCUCAGCUAUCUGACUGCUGAUGUGAACAGCCCGAACACGCCCUGUUGCAUCGGUGUGCAGAAUGUGCAUGCGGGUGCUAACAGCCGGGACAUGAGGCAGUCUAUCUGUGUAUGUCUCAAGGAAGUCGCCAAUGGCAUCCUGAAUCUCAACGACGAUCACGCUGCGGCACUCCCGGGGCUGUGCGGGGUGAAGCUGAACAUCCCCAUCUCUAAGAGCACUGACUGCACCAAAAUCACGUGAGGCAGAUUGUCUUCUUACCUCUAAGUGAUAUUGAACAAACCCAAUAAUACAUUGUCUUCUUACCUCUAAGUGAUAUUGAACAAACAACCCAAGAUCACUUUGAAUAAAUAAUACAUUGUAAUCUAAGUGAUAUUGAAGAUGCUCUGUCAUGUGAACUCUUUCUUCGAUGCAAGCUUCUAUCAUGUUGUUUUGCUUUCUAGUU